CACCUCUUUUUUUUUUUUUCCUUCGGUACUGUACGGUUUUACAUACGUUCUGCACGUGGACGUGGAGUAGGGUUUAUCGGAGAGAGGAAGAGGGGAAGUAGAUGGGCCAGCAAUCGUUGAUCUACAGCUUCGUGGCGCGGGGGACGGUGAUCCUCGCCGAUUACACCGACUUCACCGGGAAUUUCACCGGUGUCGCCUCGCAGUGCCUACAGAAACUUCCAGCAACCAACAACAAGUUCACUUACAAUUGCGACGGAUACACCUUCAAUUACCUCGUCGAGGAUGGAUUCACAUAUUGUGUUGUUGCUGUUGAAUCUGUUGGAAGACAGCUUCCCAUGGCAUUUCUUGAGCGAAUCAAGGAAGAGUUUACCCAAAAAUAUAGUGGAGGAAGGGCAGCUACAGCUGUUGCAAACAGCCUGAACAGAGAGUUCAGUCCUAAAUUGAAGGAGCAAAUGCAGUAUUGUGUAGAUCAUCCAGAGGAGAUCAACAAACUUGUUAAGGUUAAAGCUCAAGUUUCUGAAGUUAAAGGGGUGAUGAUGGAAAACAUUGAGAAGGUUCUUGAUCGUGGAGAGAAAAUUGAACUUCUGGUUGAUAAAACUGAGAAUCUUCGUUCGCAGGCACAGGAUUUCAGGACACAAGGAACAAGAAUUAGGAGAAAGAUGUGGUUUCAAAACAUGAAGAUAAAGCUGAUUGUUCUUGGUAUUAUCAUCGCAAUAAUCCUUAUCAUAGUUUUAUCUGUUUGCCAUGGAUUCAAAUGCCAUUAAUGUGUGUGUGUGCCUGCCUGCCAAUCUGCUGCUUUCAUUUCUCCCUAAAUUCUUCGGCAACUUGCGAUAUCCGAAAUUCAAUUCUGUAUUUUUGCAAGAGAUAGUGUAGUUUCUGUAUAGAGUAUAGGUUGUGUUUUUGCCUGAAUAUAUUGGUAGAACACUAGAACUAGAACUAGAACAAAACUCAACUUGACUUCAGUGUUGUGUGCAUCUGUGUUUGUUCUAAUAUUGUAGUUGGAAUUUGAAAUUUUAACCCUUCCCUUCUCUCA